UCAAGCGGUCAGCCAGGCAGGCAAUCCACACAAAUCUCGUGUCGUCUUGAGUCUGCGUCUACUGCGUCGAUUGCAACCUAAUUCAAUUAAAAUUAAAACGCAAAUUCUACGGGACAAAGUGAAAUUGCCCCAAAUUUCCGACAAUUAUAUGAGAAAAUAGUCUGUUGUCAGUUGUGUGUGUGUGGGCAGCGAUAUCGCCGACCAUGAGCUCUCCCGUGGAAAGUCUCCCAAUGCUGCGCUCCGCAUCGAUGCCCGUGAAGCCCAAGCCCCUAGAGACGAAGCCACUGGCACGUUCCAGCGAAAAGGAAACGGUCAACGAGGCGGACUACUACCCAGAGAGUCCGGGAUUCGUGAGGCGACGUAGAUCCCGAUCGCCCGGCGAUCACUUCGAGACGCGCAGUGAGCAAAACUUUCCCUAUACACACGACUGGGCGGGCAGCACCAUUGAACUGACGCCCGAGUCCGGCAUCCGUGGGGAAGGCCACAGGCGCAGCCUGCAUCGUGUGAUGGAGAAGAAUGGCAACGAGAAUGUUGUCUUUCGUCGCAUACCAGAGAAGUCGUGGCGCUAUAUGCGCGAUGUCAUCACUACGCUGAUGGAGCUGGAGUGGAAGUACAUGUUGACCUUGUUCCUGGGCAGCUACUUCCUCAGCUGGCUGCUCUUUGCCGUGCUCUGCUAUGUGGUCUCGUGGUCCCAUGGCGAUUUCCUCUUCGAUGAGAUCAGCGGCGUGCGGCUGGGCGAGGGCGACAGGCCGUGCAUCUAUGGCGUCACCUCCUGGGUGACCAUGAUCAUCUACUCCGUGGAGACGCAGACCACGCUGGGAUUUGGCGAGAAGUACGCCAGCGAGGAGUGCCCCGAGACGGUGUUCCUGUUCAUCAUGCAAAUGGUUUGCGCCGCCCUCAUCGAGGGGAGCAUGGUGAGCCUUAUCUAUGCGAUGACAGCACGCCCUGCCAGGCAGAUGACAAAGCUCAAGUUCAGCGAUAAGGCGGUGAUCUGCUAUCGCGAUGGGACGCUGUGUUUGCUCUUCCGCGUGUGUGAUCCACGCGAGCAGCAGUCCAUAGAGUCCAAGAUACGCGUCUACAUGAUUGUCGACAAGCGCACCCGCGAGGGCGAGAUCGUUAAAACGCACACGGAACUCAAGCUGCAGGGCAAUGGAGAACAGUUAAUAGUGUGGCCAGAUCUCGUGUGCCAUGUGAUCGACGCUUCGAGUCCGCUACAUCAAUUCACCAACGCAAAGUUGUUCAAUGCCGCGCAGUUCGAGCUUUAUGUGUCCAUUGUGGGCACCUCACCGGCCACCGCACAAAUGACCGAAGCCAAAACAUCGUAUGUGCCGCGUGAGAUAUUUUGGGGUCAGCGCUUUGUCAACAUUAUACACUACGACGCGACCAACGAGCGUUAUGUGGUGGACUAUGAGAACUUCAAUAGAACCAUUUCGGUGGACAUGCCGCUGAAGCAGCAACCAGCCAGCGAGCAUCUACGGCUAGAGUACAGAAGGGAUUGAAAGGCAAAACUUUCCGUGUACAACAUUUCUUUAAAAGAUUUAUAAAUAACA